AUGAGUGGUGCUCCAGCCCAGAAGUUCAAGGUCGCCGACAUCUCGUUGGCGGCCUUUGGUCGGCGUGAGAUCGACCUCGCAGAAAUCGAGAUGCCAGGUCUGAUGGCAAUCAGAAAGAAGUAUGCUGCAGACCAACCGCUUGCUGGUGCCCGAAUUGCCGGCUGCCUCCACAUGACCAUCCAGACUGCCGUCCUCAUUGAAACCCUCAAAGCUCUCGGUGCUGAGGUCACCUGGUCCUCCUGCAACAUCUUCUCGACCCAAGAUCACGCCGCCGCAGCAAUUGCCGCUGGAGGCACUCCCGUCUUCGCGUGGAAGGGCGAGACCGAAGAAGAAUAUGAAUGGUGUCUGGAACAACAACUGAAGGCCUUCCCUUCAGGAAAAACACUGAACCUUAUCCUUGACGAUGGAGGUGAUUUGACCGCCUUGGUCCACAACAAAUACCCCGAGAUGCUGAAAGACUGCUAUGGCGUGUCAGAAGAGACCACAACUGGAGUCCACCACCUCUACCGCAUGCUGAAGGGCAAGAAGCUCCUCGUCCCGGCCAUCAACGUCAACGACAGCGUCACGAAGUCCAAGUUCGACAACCUCUAUGGGUGCAGGGAAUCCCUGGUUGACGGUAUCAAGCGUGCCACGGACGUCAUGAUCGCCGGCAAGAUUGCUGUCGUGGCCGGCUAUGGCGAUGUUGGAAAAGGCUGCGCUCAGGCUCUCCACAGCAUGGGUGCCCGUGUUCUCGUCACCGAGGUCGACCCCAUCAACGCCCUCCAGGCCGCUGUCUCCGGUUACCAGGUCGUCACCAUGGACGACGCCGCUUCGCAGGGUCAAAUCUUUGUCACCACCACCGGCUGCCGUGAUAUCAUUGUUGGAAAACAUUUUGAGGCGAUGCGCAACGACGCCAUCGUCUGCAACAUCGGUCACUUUGACAUUGAAAUCGAUGUUGCGUGGCUCAAGAAGAAUGCCAAAUCCGUCACCAACAUCAAGCCUCAGGUUGAUCGCUACACGAUGGCCAGUGGACGCAACAUCAUCCUGCUCGCCGAGGGUCGUCUCGUCAACCUGGGCUGUGCCACCGGCCACUCUUCCUUCGUCAUGUCCUGCUCCUUCUCCAACCAAGUUCUAGCCCAGAUCAUGCUGUACAAGGCCGAAGACGAGGAAUUCGGCCAGAAAUACGUCGAGUUUGGAAAGACCGGCAAGAAGGACGUCGGCGUCUACGUUCUCCCCAAGAUCUUGGACGAACAGGUCGCCCUGCUCCACUUGGAGCAUGUCAAUGCCAAGUUGACCAAGCUGACUCCUGUUCAGGCAGAAUACUUGGGAUUGACUGUUGAAGGCCCCUUCAAGUCUGAUAUCUACCGCUACUAG